AUGGCUCCCAUGGCACCAGCCGAAUAUCAAAGUCGACAUAGACAUGCAGACCGCAAGGGAAUUAAGUAUUUAGGGCCAAUCGAAUCCGAGAACUGGCCGAGCCACUGGCCAGAAACUCGUCGCCAGCUGUUCCACGAUAUAACCACAUUAGGGAAAUCGAUAUUUGGGGAUUUCAAUGCCGGAAACACAGGCGACUCAAACGAGAAGCCAUGGAGAGGGCAAAUUAAACCAAGGGCAGCUAAAUUGGCAGUCCUUGCGGCCAGGUGCAGGGGCGAGGGGAAAAACGAACGUAGCUGGAGGGCCUCUCUGGAACAUGAAGUCCUCCACCGGUUCACGGUCGAAGUAUCCUGUCCGACUUGUCGUGAUAGACUGUGGCGCUCUGAGAUUGAGGCCGCAGUAGAAUCAACGGAGGAGCAAGCGUUAUCGUUGGACGAACGGCGCAGGAACCGCAUGCCCUGCCGAUGCCCAGAGGGACUGAGUCAGAACCGGGACUUCCACGGGGUCAAUAUGAUCUUCUCUGAUCGGUCCGAGACUUCCAUCCACUAUAACCCGCCCCUACCCAUCCAGUCUGGUGGGCGAAAUAAGAAGAAGUACGAACUGCCCGACAGGGUGUACGGAUUGAUUGAAACAGAUAACCUCAAAGCGUUAUUGGAUUCAGCUGACGGGCGUGUCUCCGAUGAUGGUGAAGAGAAGGUACUUCGUGAUACCCUUGAGGCUUCACCGUUCAAGCCCAGUCGUGAACCAUUAUUAUUUCCAUUUCUUCUCAUUGAAGCAAAGUCCGACACUUCUGGGGACUCGGCCGGGGUCGAAAUGCAAUCAGCCUUUGCCAUAGAAAGGCUACUAAGGGUUCAAGACCAACUUCGCCCGGCCACCGACGCUGAGACCGGUUGGAUAACGGAACCCGUAGUGUGGUUUUUCGGCUGGCAUGGUCAGGACUGGUAUGUAAAGGGCAGCUUCAUAAGCGAUGCUACGGGGCUUGAUCCUAAAUAUUGUAUCCUGGACCUGUGGCAGGGCAAUAUUUGCUAUCAGAGCAGUGCACUGCAGCUUCUGCUUAUUGUCGAUUAUAUUUUUGACUGGGCGCGGGACGGAUACAGACCUUCUAUCAUAAAUCAGCUGAGCUUCCUGGCAGCGCGCGAGAUGCAGUCUUUCGAUCCCGAUAUAUUCUCCACAAUCGAAAGAAGGGCAUCGAGGCUCGCCUCAUUCUCCCAAGACUCAAUUCGAAUUGGCACAGCCGACCCUGAUGGAGACAACUCUCAGAGUCUGGGCCCGAAUAUUGAUGACCGGCUAUCGUUCGGUGUGGUAAGGGAUGCUGCAGCUGUCGAAGCUCGGUUUUUAGCACUGCAGAUAACGACGGCAAACAUCGAAACCUUUAUGACUUCCUUCACGGCAUCUGUAGCCGUGUCGACCAUCCUGCGCAAUUUGACAAGAUCAUGGCGGGUUACUGGUGAUACCUUGUCACGCAUCCAGCAUGGAUGGACAGGGGCAGAUCAAGAAUCCACACUGCAAGGAGUCUUCUACGUCAGAAUCGCAAUCCUCCUCCACGUGGCGGAUGAUUGGACCCCUACGCAGCAAUUAAGCUGUCUUGCAAUAUCCGAGGAAGCGAUUCAACUAAUGCUAUCUCGGGAUGAGCUACCUAGUCAGCAUGCCUCGCUUGAAAGAGCGAUCCGUACCAUACCCACGGUCGCAGCAUCCACAAUUGAAGGCUUCAUGGCAUCAAUAAAAGCACAGACUAUAGGAAACAAUCUGACAGCAGCUAUAGGAAUGGUCUCCCUGACAAGUUCGUAUUCCCGGAGCCCCGGAGAAAUCCCAGCACAGUGGCGUCUUGACAAGGCCAACAACUCGUCGGUCGGGUUUGCAUUAGAUGACACAUUGCAGAUAUUGGAGGUUAUUCAUGAGAUUUACGGUGCAAUCGACAUGCAUAGUACAGAUCUGCUUAUACAUACCUCGUCGAAAAGGACGACGCAGCCCAUGCACAGCACCGAGCCUUGUCUGUGGCCACAACUGGAUCCCAUAUGCCAGGAUACCAACGGAUGUGCAUUGGUGGACCGGCUGGACGCACCGGGAUAUGGACCAAGAUAUUGCCUUUACAUUUUAACGCGAUAUAGCUUUAGCCCAUCCAACACCGCCGGUGUGGUCAAGGAGCUAUCUGAAUACGGGCUGCACUACUCCGCUCUACCCUUAAACCCCGAUCGCCCACUGUCCCAGUACGUUGGCUAUUUGAACAGAUCGACAAGCACUCGGCGCCGUUGGCAUAAUUCAGGUAGCGUAGAGCUAUUGCAUGACUGGAUAAUAGCACUCGAGUUACACCCACUGCAGCCGAUGUGGCCCGGGGAGACUGAGGACUCUCCUAUUAUUAUACUAUCCAGCGAUGAAUCCGAGGGAGAUCCGAUGGAGAACGAGUAA